CCUGAAGAUCCUUUUCUUGGCCCUGUUGAUGGUGGCACUGCUUUCCGCGCGAUGAUCCUGAUGGCAACCUGAAUUUCAUCUGAAUUUCGACAACCAAAACGACCUCCAGCCUCUUUUUCCUCGACGCCUGUCUCAGAAGGGUCACCACAGUUAAAGUCUGACUAGUACAGCAAAAAGAAAAACCGUGCCGCGCUUUUGAAAGUCACAAUAGUAAAGUAGAAAUUGAAAUAAAGAAUAAAGUCGACAUAGAAGUCACUGACAGGAGUAGCCGAAAAUCACCGCCUCAAGUUUAUUCGCCGCUAAAAAGUAUAAAGAGUCUUCAGAAAUCUUUUCGGAAAAGAACCAUUAAAUCCAAAAACCACAACGCAACACCAACAGAUCCAAGAUGUCCGCAACUACUACCGAAAACGCUCCGAAGCGCCAGCGCACCAGUGUUGACGCCGAAGAUAUGCAAGAAACCGAGAUGAACAAGCAGGACACCCGGUUACCCGUCACCGUUCUGUCCGGGUUCCUGGGAUCUGGGAAGACCACCACCUUAACGCAUUUGUUGAACAACAACAAAGGGUUGAAGAUCGCCUUGAUCGUCAACGACAUGGCAAGCGUAAACGUCGACGCGCUGGAAAUCAACAAGGUUGUGGAAGGUGAUAAAGACACUAGUGGUGCAGCGCAGAAGAAGACCGGGGGUGCGACGAAAGCUGCCGCCGGUGGUGACAAGAAGCAGAUAUCAAAUGUAAAAAUGUCUGGGUCUGGAAGAAUGCAACUUUUGAUGCUGCAUUUGGAUUCCAAAAAAAUUUGUAUUGCAUGAGUACCAAAGGGAAGGCAAUUUUUGCUACGCUGAGAAGGCAUUUGUCAUGCGGAAUACGCAUCAAGAAGCCCUCAAAAAAUCUGUAUUGCUAGGGGAUGCAUCACAGACAUCAUGGCUCAUGCAAAACGUGCAUGACAAGUGUCAGAAUCUUCCAGACCCAGACAUUUUUACAGUUGAUAGCAGACGGAAACCAACAAAACCGCGAAGCCGAAGAUGGUCGCGUUACAAAACGGCUGCAUUUGCUGCACGUUGCGGGAGGACUUGGUUUAUCAAAUGCAAAAAUUAUGUCUGGGUCUGGAAGGUUGGAACUUGUGAUGCUAACUUUGGACUUUAGAAAAAACUGUAUUGCGUGACCAGCAAGAGGAGUCUAGUUUGUGCCACGCGGGGAGGGCAUUUGUCAUGCGGAGUAGGCAUCAGGAAGCCCUCUAAAAAUAUGUGAUGCCACCUCGUGCAUUACAGACAUCCUGGGCCAUGCAAAAUAUGCAUCACAAAUCCGGCAACAUUCCAGACCCAGGCAUUUUUGCAUUUGAUAUGGUUGAGCAGGUCGCGGAACUGGCGAAGGACAACAAAUAUGACUACUUAAUCAUCGAAUCCACCGGCAUCUCCGAACCCGUCCCUGUUGCCCAAACCUUCUGCCACUCGCUGAAGGAAUUGGAGCAGAUGGCCCAGGCCGCGGGACAUCACCAUGACAAUCACGACCACGAUCAUGAAUCCGUCGCCACGGACCAGAACCAGGCGGCGGAAGAUCAAAAAAAGCUCGCGGUCCAGGCGAUCGAGUUGCAGAACAUUGCGAAAUUAGAUACCAUGGUCACGGUGGUCGACGCCGCCGAGAUUUUCGACGUGUUAGGUAGUCUCGACUCCCUGCGAGAUUCCAAGUGGUCAAAGUCCGAGGCGCAGCAAUCCAACGAGGACGAGGGCGGCAUGGAUUUGGACCGGUCCAUCGUCGAUUUGCUGGUGGACCAGAUCGAGUUCGCGAACGUGAUUUUGCUGAACAAAAAGGAUUUGCUCCUGCAGAAAAACGCCAAUCCCUUUGCGAAGAAAGAAGAAACCAACACGGAGGAGAACAUCGUGUGCGGUUCGGACAAAGUGACGCAGAUUGAGGCUUUGGUGAAGAAGUUGAACCCCUCGGCCAACGUCUACUGGACGGAACACGGGAAGGUCGACCCGGAAAAAUUGCUCGGGACCAAUUUAUUCAACUUCGAGGUGGCGCAGCGGUCGGCCGGUUGGUUGCAGGAGCUGGCGAACGAUGGGCACCACGUGCCGGAGACCGAGGAGUAUGGAAUCAGUUCUGUUGUGUUCCGCUCGAAGAAACCGUUUGUGCCGACGAAAUUGCACGCGAUCUUGAACGGGUUUGGACGGAUUUCUGAGCUGGUGAAACCUCCGACUGGCGGGAAAGACAAAAAGGUAGUUGAUGAAACCGCUACACAAGAUGAAAAGCAGAUCUUCAAGGGUGUGAUCCGGUCCAAGGGGCAGAUCUGGCUCGCCAACGCCUGCGGCUACCGCAUGGACUGGCACAGCACGGGACGGCAAUUUUCUUUAAACCCCGGACAGCCGUUCGACGCCGCCAUUAAGGACGCGGGCUUCGAGCAGCAGAUGGUCGACCAAAACGGCAACCAGGUCGUCGCAAAGUCUGGUGACGCGACGAACAAGAUGGAAGUCGAGGACGAGAAUCCUGCCUUCGGCGGUGUUUUUGGCGAUCGGGAAACGGAGAUUGUGGUGAUCGGCAUCGAUUUGGACAAGAAGGCGAUCGAGGAAGAGCUGGAAAACACGUUAGUCACCGAUGAGGAAAUGACCAAAGCGGCGGAGGAAAAGGAGAAGUUCGACAAGUUCAUGGUCAAGACCGCGGCCGAGGGCGGGGAGCAGGCGUUGAUUUCAUUGACGGAGAAGCAGGUGAUGAAGGGAACGGGCGGCUUGAAGACCCCGUGGGACCGCUUUUUGAAAUACGAAGACCCGUUCUUUGGCGGCAAAGCGAUUGAGGAAUUCAUGGAAUAUCGGGGCGACGACGAGGAGGAAGAGGAGGAGGGAUCGGAAGCAGGGGACGAAAAGGAUGAUGGCGAGGAGGACGAAACCGGUGCGGAGGAUGACGGCGAUGAAGAAAUGUCUCCGUCGGAGGUUAACGAGGAGAAGAAAGAGCAGGACCGCUCCUAGAGGCAAGCCAGCGCAAGGUGAUGCAGAUUCAUCUGCGACGGUUUUUCUUGCAGAAGAGGCGCAAACAAGAACUCUACUGUCUUCUGGUACAAGCACUAUGCAAGGUCAAGAAUAUUCGGAAGUCUUCAAGAAUUUUUUAUCGAGUGGUUUUUUGUUUUAUCUUCCCUCUAGUCAUCAACAUCUUGGUCGCUCUCUUAUUGCUGGUGGUUCGAAGCUUUGGCUUUUUCCGGCAAAGAUCCCGAGUAGCAGAGGUUCCUUCGGGCCACUGCAGCUCAACCGAAGGUUCUUGCCGCUGGAAGAUGCCCUUUCAAAUUUUCACCUCCGCUUUGAUUGCGCUAGUAAUUGUGCUGACACAAGGAAAUAGAAUGUUCAUCAGAUCUUCUAUAGUCUCUACCUUUGAAGAUGUUUUCUAUCCGAGAAUGGUUUUAUUUUUCCCUGGACAAGAACUGCCAAAAGAUAUCAAAGAAGAACUUUCACCCAGCGGUUUCGGUUUGGAGAAAUUUUUACACCACCUGGCGUAUAAUUACCUACGCCUCUUCAUAACGAGGUUCUUCACCAAAAAUCCUUUCACCGACCUUGUUUGCACGAACACAAAUGAUGACAGCAAAAUUUUCAGUGAACGUCCUCGUCUCCCCGAGCCGGGCGUUCAUUGCUUGCAUAUGACACUCCUUUUCACCAUCAUCCAGCACGACCAUCGCGCACUGCUACUAGUUCUACUCUUUCGGAUGUUCAUCCCGAGCAGGAAGUCGUUGUUGAGGACUUUCGCAAAUUUCAUGUCGGCGCAAGAUCUGUGCCACGAAUUCUUGUUUCUUCGCAACAAUUGUUCGCGCGACCGCAUUGAACUACCAUUGCGAAAGAACUACCGAAACAUGGCUAAUUGUGGCGUGAAGUUUGUAUUUAGAUUCAUGACAACGGCGAUCUUCCAAGCGUCUUCACGACAGAGAUCUGUAUUUACUGAUGUACUUCUAUCGUUUCAAGAACACAAACUGCGAAGGGCUAGCUUUUCGUUUGCCAAAGGUUUAUUCAUUCCGAGUGGCUUAUUUUGUAUGAUUUUGAUUUCAACGUUUUACCAGAAGCGCGCAUCAGCACUACAGCUUUAUUUUCCAAUUUCGCGACGAGUGGUUUUGUCAAUUAACAGCGAGGGCAAAGCUACAAAUCUAAACUACGACCGGCACGAAGACAAUCUCAAGAAUAAAGUUAAAAAUCCUGUUUCAUCGGCACUCGUGGUGCAGCUACACC